AAUAAAUUUUUGGUUUUUGGUCACCAGCCAUUUUAUUAGGUACACCUGUUUAGCUGUAUGUUAACACAACUUGUUUACACAUUAUGAGCUGCAGUCUUUUUCAAAUAUUUUUUUAUUGCUGUCCACUAGGUGGCGAUAACGGAUCGCUUUAGCGUAAACGUUAAACAAACACCAGGCAACCAGGAGAUUUGUUGUUGCGCUUUAAUCAACGUGCAUAACCGGAAUAAGAUUACGAAAUUGGGCGAGUGUCCGCAUAAUCCUGCAAUAAUGUAACAACACAGAGAGCGCUGUCGAUACAGGGACACAAGUGAACAGCAGAGGGCAGCAGCACGCCGCCCAGCGUCCAGUCUGCCAAGCCAAAGGAGAAGAAGACGUUGUUUGGGAACGAUUUCGGGCACUCCGUGGGGGAUCUUUGCUUGUUUAAAUACUUCGGAGUAAAGACUAAUGGCUUUCGCCGUGCCUGUGUGGCUUGCGGUCCAGGAGGAGCUCCUGGCACAAAACGAGGCAGAAUGCGGAGCUUCGAGCUGUUUUGACACUUUCGACGAUGAAGCUCUUUUUCAGUUGUUCCACCUGAGCAGACCCUGCAUCCUGUUCAUCGCAGACGCCGUCCGCAUCCGCAUGAAGGACGCCGCCCCCAAGAAAUCUCAGCUGCUCGUGGACGAGAUGGUCAUGGUGGCGCUCAAUUAUUACGCACAUGGGGUCUCCACCACUGCCGUGCUGCAGAAAGCCGGACUGAGGCAGACGGACUGCCCCACGACUGUGGUCGGUACAAUCUCGGGAGUCAUAGCAGGGAUGUCCGAUGUAUUCAUCUCUUUCCCGCUAACCCUGGACGCCAGAACUAAUGUCGCCUUAAAGAUAGAGCAAUUCUGUGAAAUCCCAAACGUGCUGGGCGUCUUGGCUCCUGCGCACUUCAAGAUCAGAGCAUCUCCAUAUGAAAAGGACGCUUUCAGGUCUUUUAUCAAUGCCCUUGGUUACACAUCGGUUGUAAGCCAGAUCAUAUGCGACUGCGACGGCAACAUACUGAGUGUUGAAAAGUGCUGUGUUGGUGGCACGUUUGAGCAAGAGAUGUGGGACUCCUCCUUUAAAGGAAGGGAAAUGCAAGAGGACCUGCUCAGCCCGUUCUGGUUGAUUGGUGGGAAAGGCUACCACUUAAGCAAGCACGUCUUGACUCCUGUAUCACUGCCCGCGAACAACAACGAGAUCCGCUUCAACGAGGCCCACGCAAAGAUCCUCGAUGUCAUGCAGACGACACUGGAUUCCAUGAAAAGGCGUUUCAAGUGUCUGAUGCAACUUGGUUUUGCACAAGAAGGCUCACUUAACAAACAGUCUAACAUUAUCAAAGCAUGCAGUGUGCUGCACAACAUCGCUAAAAAGUUCUCUGUCCCUCCCCCGCCUGACGCUGGUAAAGCUGAGCCGCUAUAUCCUGGCAAGCAGCAGUCAGGGCCAGUAGAGAUCAAACAGGAGGCCCUCAAAGCCAGACAGGAAGUUAUUGAUAGUAAAUUCUCUGCUGUGUCCAGCAGUCAGGACCCCUCAGGUAGCAACGUCACAGAAGAAGAUGCAUAAAGGGUUGUUUCUGGUCUAUGAAAGAGGAUCAAUGACACACUGACACCAAAACUCAGCUUUUAUAUUUCUGUGAAUGUGAAAUAUUAUAUUUCUUGUAAUUAUUCCUUUGUUUUGUACUUAUUUUAUUAAAUUCAUUUUUUAAACAUU